AUGGUUAAUGAUAAUCGCAGGAUUGAUGUUUGUCGCAUGGUUUUGGCAAAGCAACUCGAGGAUUUCCUUCCAGAAAGCCGGGACUCGAGAGGGACGCGACGACAGCUGAAUGGAUGGAAGCGGGGCGAGUCGAGGGACGGGGCGAAAAGCAGACGGUCGGUCCCUGCGUGUGUGGGUGAUUGUACGAAGUACUUCUUACCACUGGAAAUGGUAGGGGUCUAG